AAUAACAUGUUCAAAUUAGUCCCAUGGAAUCUUUCAAUUUUCUUCAACAUUACAGUCAAGAUUCAAUUUUUAGGGUCUUUUAAAAUAUAAUAAUAAAAGACCCUAAAUCAAAGAUCUUGAAUUCAGACUUGGGAAUGGCUGCACUGUUCUUCAUGAUCUUGUUAAUGGCUGCAAUAACAAUUUGCAGCGCCACGUCAGCCCUAACCCUAUCGGGAAACGACGAUGGCUCAUUUCAACAAUUCAUCUCCAUAUUCAUACUCGCCGGACAGAGCAACAUGGCCGGCCGAGGCGGCGUCGCCGGCGGCAAUUGGGACGGCGUAACUCCGGCCCAAUGCCGGCCGGACCGCCGGAUCCUCCGGCUGAGCGCCGCCGGCCGGUGGGAGGAGGCCCGGGAGCCUCUCCACCGCGACAUAGAUUUGAACAAGACCUGCGGGAUCGGGCCUGGAAUGGCGUUCGCCCAUUACUUGCUGAAGAAGGAUAAGGGGAUCGGGAGAAUUGGGCUCGUCCCCUGCGCCGUCGGCGGGACGAGCGUCGCUGAGUGGCGGCGCGGCCGCCGGAUUUACGAUGAUUGCUUAACACGGGCGGAGGGUGCUCAACACGGGACCCAACACGGCCUGAUUAAAGGGAUACUUUGGUACCAAGGAGAGAGUGAUACCAAGAGCUUUCAGGACGCCGUGCUUUACAAAGGGAGAUUGGAAACGUUCAUCUCCGCCGUCAGAUCGGAUCUUGGAUCUCCAUCGCUGCCGUUCGUUCAGGUUUUAUUGGCGUCGGGAGAAGGGCUUUAUGUAGAUAUUGUAAGAAAAGCUCAGCAAGAUAUUGAUCUUCCGAAUGUCCGAUCGGUCGAUGCAAUGGGGCUAGAGCUGGAUCCCGACGCCUUGCAUCUCACGACGGCAUCGCAAGUUAGGCUUGGCCGGAAGUUGGCCGAUGCCUUCCUGCGGUUUUCGGCGCCUCUGUCAGCUCAGAGCUCGGCAGUCACAAGACUUCCGGCUAUUUCUUUUCUCGGGUGUUUAAAAUAUUUACUUUGUAUGAUUGUAUAAUAUUUCUGUUAUAAUUUAUAGCGGAAAUAUUAUAUAAUGAUGUGAAGUAUUCAUGAGGUAUUUAACUUUUGCAAAAUUAUCAUAUUGAUUAUUGAAGUUCAUGUGACAACAUAUAAUU